UACACAUCAGGCAGCGCGAUCUCAGCCCGAGCACUGAGCCGAUGAACGGAGCCCUGAAAUAUUAUACAGACUCACUGUAAACGAGGACCUCAGGUGCCACACGAGCGACCAAACAGCGCAGGUUUUCUGCCAUGUCUGUCAAACGGGAGGCCGUCCUGAAAGAUGAAAAUCUGAUCACAAAUAUAGAGGAGAUAGCAAAAGACACAGCACUUUUACACGGGGUGUUGAUGCGGACCAAAGAAACACCAAACUCUCCUGAAGUGGUGAGUUAUGCACCGUUCACGUUGUUUCCCACACCGGUGCCCACAGCACUCUUUCAUCAGGCUCUGGCAGUACAGACACAUUUUAACCGGUUAGUGGACCGGGUCAGCCAGAAUCCCUCCUUCCUAGAGGAAACUCUGGCCAGCACCAUCAAAGUUGACAAUUUUACAGCAAGACUUUUCAACAUAUACAAACAAGUUCAACAGGAACAUUGUCCCCAGUCAAUAGUGCUGGGCUUGAAUCGCUCCGACUACAUGUUGGACCACAGUCCACAUGGUGGGACGUCUCUAAAGCAGAUUGAAAUCAACACUAUUGCUGCAAGUUUUGGUGGUCUUGCUUCACGGACACCGGAUGUCCAUCGGCACAUUCUGAAGGUCACAAACCUGCCAGAGGAGUCUAAAAAUGUGCUCGACAACAACCCAGCAGCAGGUCUGGCCAGGGGUUUGGCCAAGGCCUGGGAGCUCUAUGGAUCUGAAAGGGCAGUGGUUAUGUUUCUGGUUGAAGACGUUCAGAGGAAUAUUUAUGACCAUCGAUAUGUAGAGAAUGAGCUGUGGAAAAGAAAUAUUCCUGUAAUAAGAAGACAGCUAGAAGAUGUUUGCAGAACUGGAUCCCUGGAUGAGAGCAGGAGGCUUUUUGUAGAUGGUCGUGAGAUCGCCACUGUCUAUUUCCGUAAUGGAUACAUGCCCCAAAACUACACCUCAGAUAAGAGCUGGGAGGCCCGUCUGAUGAUGGAGCGCUCUCUGGCUGUGAAGUGUCCAGACAUCAGUACCCAUCUCGCCGGUACUAAGAAGGUGCAGCAGGAAUUGGCCCGGCAGGGGGUUCUGGAGCGCUUCUUCCCUGACGAACCUGAAACAGUUGCUCAGAUUCGGGCCACUUUCGCUGGGCUGUACACCCUGGACAUGGUAGAGGAGCAACAUUGUUAA